UACCACUGAGUUGUCACUCAUUCCUUCCUUUUUCUAUGCUUCUCCUUAUUGGUCUAUGUUCCUGGUCUAACCUUUGAAAGAGUUUGCAAAAUAGAUUCCUAUAAAUGCGACAUACAUAGAAGUAGUAUUAUUUAUACUUAUUUUUUCAAAAUGAAAGAGGAGGCAAAUGAAAUUUAUAUAAAUAUCAAGAAAUCAGAAUAUGGCGAAAACUUCAAAACUCAUGUAGAAAAAACAGAAGAUGUUGAUAUAUCCGAACAAUUCAUUGAUGAGAAUGGAGUUCAUGAGAGGACAAUAUACCUGCAAAAUGUUGAUAAAACUAACUUGGGGCAUUCAUUCAAACUCAAUGAUUUUCAUGAUGAAUCUUUAAAAGUAGAGGAAUUACCACAAUUUCAUGGAGAAUCUUCUCAUUUGAAUUCUGUCCAUUUAAAUUUGAAGGAACAGAAGUGCCACCUGUGUGAAUUUGCUACAAAUCGUAAAUGGUAUCUCAAACGACAUAUAGAUUCAGUUCAUUUAAAAUUGAAAGGAUGUAAAUGUCACCUGUGUGAUUUUACUACAAAUAGUAAGGGGCAUCUCAAACAACAUAUAAAUUCUGUCCAUUUAAAUUUGAAAGAACAGAAGUGCCACCUGUGUGAUUUUGCUACAAAUCGUAAACGGGAUCUCAAACAUCAUAUAGAUUCAGUCCAUUUAAAUUUAAAGGAACAUAAGUGUCCCUUGUGUGAAUUUAAUGCAAAUCGUAAAGGGGAAAUCAAACAACAUAUAGAUGCAGUUCAUUUAAAAUUGAAAGGCUGUAAGUGUCACCUGUGUGAUUUUACUACAAACAGUAAGGGGCAUCUCAAACAACAUAUAAAUUCUUUCCAUUUAAAUUUGAAGGAACAGAAGUGCCACUUGUGUGACUUCGCUACAAAUCGUAAAUGGUAUCUCAAACAUCAUAUAGAUUCAGUUCAUUUAAAAUUGAAAGGCUGUAAGUGUCACCUGUGUGAUUUUACUACAAACAGUAAGGGGAAUCUCAAACAACAUAUAAAUUCUGUCCAUUUAAAUUUGAAGGAGCAGAAGUGCCACCUGUGUGAUUUUGCUACAAAUCGUAAAUGGGAUCUCAAACAGCAUAUAGAUUCAGUCCAUUUAAAUUUAAAGGAACAUAAGUGUCCCUUGUGUGAAUUUGAUGCAAAUCGUAAAGGGGAUAUCAAACGACAUAUAGAUGCAGUUCAUUGAAAAUUGAAAGGUUGUAAGUGUCUCUUGUGUGAUUUUGCUAUAAAUAGUGAAGUGAAUCUGGAACAAAAUUAGUAGUUUUAGUUGUUUUCAAUUUGAAGAGUCACUUGUGUGAUUUUGCUACAAAUCAUAAAUGGAAUCUCAAACAACAUAUAAAUUCAGUUCAUUCAAAAUUGAAUGAACAUAAGUGUCACCUGUGUGAUUUUAUUACAAAUCGUAGGUGGGAUCUCAACAAUUAAAUUCUAUUCAUUUGAAUUCGAAAUAGCAUUCAGAUUCGGUCCAUUUGAAUUUAAACAAACAAAAGAGUACACUUCUGGAAAUGUGAUCCAAACUGUUAUGAAUAUGGCGCCAAAUUAAAAAGAAGAUGCGGAAAAUCGCUCCGAAAAAAGUGAGAAAGUUAAUGAAGAAAAAUGUAUUCAUUGCAAAAAGAAAGUUGUAGAAAGUGUGAAGUGCGUGAAAUGCGGCGAAAUAUUCCACCCAAAAUGCCUCACACAGUCUGCGAACCAAAAACUGGCCAGUUGCAAACAUGCAAUGAAAGACAAACCACGAGAGGAAGGUAGCGUGGACUAUCAAAUGGAAAUAUUGAAUGUAGAAAAUGCAUAUUUGAAGGAACUCCUGAAAUCAUCAGAAGAGAAAAAUCAAAUCCUUAUUAUGAAUAACUGCUUGAAAACAUUAGGUUACUGGAAUCCGAGAAAAAGGAGUACAAAAAAAAUUAUCAACAAAGAACAUAAAAACAGAGAAAAAAAGAAGGUAACAAAGAAGAUAAGGAGCCACAAAUGGUAAACACCAGAUCAAAUGAACUACAAACAUCUAAGGAAGAUCAUGUAAAAUUAACAGAACAUAGAAGACCAAGAAACACAUCUUAUAAAUAUUAACCUAACUUUACUUCCGAAAUACAAAUUUGUAAACACAG